UGGAGAGACAGGGAGCCGGGGCGCAAGACCGGUUCUGGUCGGCAAGAACGUGGUGACCUCGGCAAAAGGUUUGUGACGAAAGGCCACGCUUCAAGGGAUCACUUCAGUUUUUUUUGUUUUUUUUUUCCCCUGAUGAAAGAAGAGGGUUCAAACCAUCUCUCGAUAGGUUCCGUAGCGACAGAACUCAACCUUCUGCGCAGGCCUUGAAAAAUUAGCAAUGAUUGUCAACGGGUUUCCCUCCAUUUUUCUUUUCCAAAGUGACUUUGGAGCCGUGAGCAUUUUGGAUUGGAAACGGGGGGCCCUCCGAGGGACGGUCCAUUUGUCAUUUUCUUUGUCAUCGCCACGAGGGGCAGCCUUCACUCGUGUUGUUGCGUAAGCGGAGCACAUUCUGGGUCAUGGUGUCCUCCCGUUUGAUUAUGCGUGCUCAACGAAGCUCCUAAUGCGUCUCUCGGCGGGGCUGCGUGGCGGCGCGGCGGCCACUCAUUGCGGCGGAGCGGGGAUCGGGGUCGCAUGGCGUCGACGGGGCUCCGGGUCCUGGCGCUGGCCUUGUGGGCGAGCGUCGGGGCUCGGGGGGACGGGCGCAAGCCGGCCCGGGCGCCCCUCAUCCCCCAACGGCCCUUCGUGGUGGUGUGGAACGCCCCCACCGAGCCGUGCCGCCUGCGCUUCCGGGUGGACUUGGACCUGAGCGUCUUCGACAUCGUGGCCAACCUCAACGAAACCCUGAGCGGACCCAACGUGACCAUCUUCUACCACGGCCACCUGGGCUACUAUCCGUACUACUCCGACUCGGGCCUCCCCGUCAACGGCGGCCUCCCGCAAAACCAGAGCCUCUCCAAGCACCUGGGCAAGGCCCGCGGCGACAUCGACAAAGUCAUCCCUCACAAGGACUUCCGAGGCUUGGGCGUCAUCGACUGGGAGAACUGGAGGCCCCAGUGGGUGCGCAACUGGGGCGGCAAGGACAUCUACCGCAACAAGUCCAAGGAGCGGAUCCGCCGGCUGCACCCCGGCUGGCCCGAGAGCAAAGUGGAGAAGGAGGCCAAGGAGAGCUUCGAGAAAGCCGGCCGCGACUUCAUGAAUCUGACUUUGGCCCUGGCGCGGGGCCGCCGCCCGGACGGCUUGUGGGGCUUCUACUUGUUCCCCGACUGCUACAACUACGGCUACAAGCAACGCCCGCGGCGCUACACCGGCGAGUGUCCCAACGUGGAGCACGUGCGCAACGACCACCUGAUGUGGUUGUGGAAGGAGAGCACGGCCCUCUACCCGUCCAUCUACCUGGACUACGAGCUCAAGUCCUCGGCCAACGCCCUCAAGUUCGUCCACUUCCGGGUCAAGGAGGCCAUGAGGAUCGCCUCCAUCGCGCGGCCGGACGUCACCUUGCCGGUUUUUGUCUACUCCAGACCUUUCUACGCCUACACCUUCGCGGUUCUGACGCAAAGCGACCUGGUGCGCACCAUCGGGGAGAGCGCUGCCCUCGGAGCGUCCGGCGUUGUCCUCUGGGGAUCGUCCGAGUACGCCAGAUCGCAGCGCAACUGUCUGACGGUGAAGAAGUACAUCGACGGCCCUCUGGGCCACUACGUGGUCAACGUGACGUCGGCCGCCAAGCUGUGCAGCAAAGCCCUGUGCAAGAAGAACGGGCGCUGUGUGCGCAAGAGCCUGGACUCGGGCGCCUACCUGCACCUCAACCCGCGACGUUUCAGCGUGCGCCGGGCGGCGGCGGCGGCAGUGGCGGGGCCCCGCUUCCGCGUCAGCGGCCACCUCAGCCACCAAGACGUCUUGGACAUGAAGCACAAGUUCACCUGCCAGUGCUACCGGGGCUGGAGCGGCAUCCACUGCGAGGUGCCCCAGGUGGCGCCGCCGCCGCCCGGCACUCUGCUGGCCGACGUCCGGAUGCUCCUGUCGCUUCACUUCUCCUGCCUGUGCAUCAUCGCGCUUUUGGGCGUCUGUCUUCUCCUCAAGUGUCUCUUGGUCUAAAGGAAAAUGGAUGGCGGGCCGCAAAUGGCCCCUGAGCCAUAGUUUGGACUCCCUGUUCUAAUGGAAAUGACUCACAUAGUCAUGCCAUUCUUAAAUGUGGUGAAGCAGCAUGUGGCUCAAGGUUACACUCGUCAACACAUUUUAAUUUUUUUUUUUUUUUUAAA